GUCAAGAAAAAGAAGCAAGAAUCAGAUCUGGACAUGGAGAUUUCCACUCCGCGGUUCGUGUCCGUGUCGACUCCGUUGGGCACCAAGCAAAUGACACUCGCUCCGUUCGGCAGCGAUGCACAAUCCAAGUCGAAAUCACGCAAGAAAUCUCGUCAGAAGAAGCGCAAGGCCGACGAAGUUUCAUCGCCGACCAGUAGCUCCAUGUCAAGCGAGAGUUCCAACGCCUCCGGAGCCCCCACGACCGUCGUUAAUCCUUCAUCAUCUUCUCUAUCCAAUGGCAGCUGGGUGAAGAACCUACAGCGACGCGGGGGUUUCUGGGGCGAUGCCUAUUGGUACGAUCUGCAGCUGGAGAAACGUCUGCCUCUAGCCAAGCCCAUGCUGACAGAGCUUGUGCUGGCGUUGCCUCCGUGUGGAGAGAAGGCAGUGCUGGACCUCUGCGCAGGCAGUGGACGAGUCUCCGCAGCCAUUCUAGAGGCGUAUCCGACAGUUAAAUUGGUCCUAGUGGACUCUUCCGAGCAGAGACUGACGCUGGCGAGUCAAAGACUGGAAGCGGUACAAGCUGGAGUCAAAGAGAGGACGCAGUUCGUCACGAAAGUGGUGACACCCACUGCGACUACGCAGCUCUGUGACGAGCCCGUGGACAUUGUGGUCGCCUGUCUGGCCUUCCACGUUCUCACGGAGAAACCAGCACACUAUGCACCAGCAGAGGAAGAGAAGACGAUGGCGGUUGAAGACGAGUACAAGCAGCUCUUUCGAGCCGUGUGGAAGACACUGCGUCCCGGAGGACACGUCAUUUAUGCAGACCAUGUGGGUCAAUUGGCUCUGUUUAAACAGCUAAAGGCGCUAGAACAGGCUGGCUUUGAGGACGUGGACUGCGCAUGGCGUCAAGAUGAUUCCUUCGUCGCGGGUGGACGGAAACCUGACAGCUCAACUGGCUAGAAGGAGACACUUUUUGUGACGUUGAUAUAAUUGGAAAUUGGGCUCUUAGUUGCUGUUUA